AGAAUGUCUCAAAAAGUGAGGACCAUGAUCCAAGAGAAAAUGUCUUGGUGCAACAAAGACACUUGCUGUAAGUACGUGAAACAAAAGCUACCGGUUCUCGCGUGGUCGACGGCCUAUGAACUCGCAUGGUUGCCUCAAGACGCGCUGGCAGGUUUCACGGUCGGCCUGACCGCCAUUCCUCAAGGUAUUGCUUACGGUAUCGUGGCUGGAUUGAGUCCAGAGUAUGGGUUGUACGCGUCGUUCAUGGCUUCGUUCGUAUACAUUAUCUUCGGUUCAUGCGACAGCAUUACCAUCGGACCUACAGCUAUCAUGGCAACAAUGGUGCAGCCAUUGGUGACGAAUUACGGUCCCGAUAUAGUUGUGUUACUUUCCUUUUUGAAAGGCUGCAUCAUCGCGGCGCUCGGUCUGCUUCACUUGGGUUUUCUGUUAGAUUUCAUUUCGUUGCCCGUGAUCGCGGGCUUCACGACGGCAGCGGCGAUCAACAUAGCCGCCUCGCAGUUCAACCCGUUAUUGGGAAUAUCCAUUAGAAGCGAAGAUCUCGUGGACGCCUUAUAUAAGAUGUUUUCGAAUCUCGAUAAAGUCAGAUAUCAAGACACGGUGCUGAGCCUCGGAACGAUAAUCGUCUUAGCUUUGCUCAAGAAUUUACCUGGGCGUCGAAAUGGCACGUGGCAGCAAAAGAUUGCAUGGGCCCUUACUCUAGCGCGUAACGCUUUAGUGGUUGUCGCAGGAGCUACCAUGGCGUACAUUUUUAAACUGAACGGACAAGAACCCUUUAAGCUAACUGGAACGAUGGGUGAAGGGUUACCACCGUUCGGCCCACCACCCUUCUCUAUCACUGCCAACAAUCGUACGUACGAUUUCCUAGAAACGAUAUCGUCGAUGGGAACAACGCUUUUUUCCGUUCCAGUGGUAUCUACGAUCGAGCACAUGGCGAUAGCGAAAGCUUUUGCGAUGGGAAAAACUUUGGACGCUACGCAAGAAAUGUUCGCGUUGGGAGUGUGCAACGUCUUUGGAUCCUUCGUUCGAUCGAUGCCAGUUACUGGUUCAUUUACCCGAACGGCCGUCAAUCAUACAUCCGGGGUCAAAACAACAUUCGGAGGCUUGUUUACGGGUUGUCUGGUGCUGCUCGCGGUCGGUCUGUUGACCACUACUUUUCGUUUUAUUCCGAAAGCCACGUUAGCCGGAAUUAUUAUCAGCGCCAUGUACUAUUUGAUCGAUUUCACGACAUUCGCUUUGUUGUGGCGUGCCAAGAAGACUGACUUCCUCUUGAUGAUUAUUACUCUACUAUUUUGCGUGUUCCUAAAACUGGAAUGGGGAAUCAUUAUUGGCAUUGGCUUGAAUCUACUGCUAUUAUUGUACUUCUCCACACGACCCUCCGUCGACACCGCGACCGAGCAGGUAGGAGAUGAAACCGUGAUACGAGUUACGCCUGAAGAGUCUGUUGCCUUUCCAGCAGCGGAGACCUUCCGAGCUACCAUUAUGAAGCUAACGGAAAAGAAUCAGUGCAAUGUUCUCCUUGACUGUAAGAACUUAAAGAGGAUCGACGUUACGGUCGCAAAGAACCUGAAACUGUUGGGCAACGAUCUGCAGCUUCGUGGACGAACCAUUGCUUGCGUGAACUGUUCGAAGAACGUCGAAGCUGUCUUGAAGGUCGUCGCCCCAAACCUAUGAACCGCACCGAAACCAAUGAAAAUGCGUACGACUGCCACGAAAGCCAAGACAGUAUGUUACACGUGUCUGUACAGCCUUCAAAUGUGGCGUGGAUCCAAUUCGAUUCAGCCUUUUAUCGAGAUUCAAUAACAUUCCGAUAUACCUGUCUCGUGCUACAGAACGACUUAUUGCUUUCGCGUAGUUCUAGUCCCUUGAGCUGCUCAAGUACGUAAUAUCGUUCUUUUCGAAUCGAUUUUCCAUCCGAUGUAUCAUGAUCAAAAAUAAUAAUUCAUCCCAAGAAAACAUCCCAGC